UGUUUUUACCAGAUAUUCAAUACUGAUUUAGUUUGGCAGAUACUUUAUACGAGAGAUAUAAGAUCUAAUAUUAGCUUAAAAGAAAAGGAAAAGAUUAUAGUUUACGGUUGGAAGCAAUUGUAUAAAGACAAACAAAUGCAGACAUCAAUCAAAGAUCAAAGAAAUCUUCGAAUUCCGUCAUCAAUUACCAAUAAUGCAAAAAUUAAUAGAUUAAUAAAACCGAUCAACGAUACAUCAAAAUCUGUCUCGAACAAAACAUCAAUUGUUAAUAUCAUGAUGAAGAAACAAUCAGAAUCUUCGAUGGCGGAUCUUGUAACAAUCCCGCUUUCCAAAAUAAUGUCCGAUACUCGAUUUCGCACAAAGAACGAGAAACCGUUUCUGCAAAAAAAGGAUAUAAAAGAUACUAGUUCUACAUUCAACAUGAAUGAGAAGAAUGUCAAAAAAGAUCUCAUUACAUCAAAAACGACAACAAAACAAGAAACUGGAAGUGUUUCUAAACGUAACGAAAUAUCUGACAAACAAAUAAAUCAAAUGAUAAAAUCAGAAAAAUACUCGAAUAAAAUCAAUAUUAAUACAAAAUUAAUGAAAUCAACGACAUCAACACAAGAAAGUAAAUUAAAAUUUAAGACACAAACUGCUUCUAAAACGUCUAUUUCCAAAAACAUUGUAGAAAAUAUAAAAUCAUCUCCAGUAUUAAUACAAAAUUCGCACAGCAAGUCUCGAUCAAAAGUAAAGAACAAAUCUAAAAAGAAAGUAAUUGCGACCAAAUCUGAAACAUUUAACACCGAUAAAGAGUUGCCCGAGAAACCUUUCAUUGUCGGAAACGACAGGAUCGACCUGGCUGACUUAAUCGAAGCAAGCUUGAAGAACAUUCGAAGUCCGCGAAGUAUAUUCAAUUAUGGGUUCAGCAAUGUGCAACAAUCAAAGAAAACAAGGGAUAUUUUGGAUAUUAGAAGUAAAAUUCAGAAUAUUGAUAAGUUUAAACAAUUAAAGCCUACCGGAAGCAGUGUCAUCACGAAUAACUUUUCCCAUAAAAUAAUUCGGGAUGACGGAGUUCUGGAGAAGUUUUUAGAAAAAUCUGAAUCAUUUAGCGAAGCAUCUCAUGAAUCUCUUAUGAAUGAUAAAAGACUUUUACCAGAAGGGGACAGUAAAUCUUUUUCAUUUUCUGAGAAAUAUAUAAAGGCUCGAGAAGAACUUCGAAAAUCUUUAGACUGGAAACAAAAUAAUUCUUCUCAAGAUCGGUGGGAUCCAUAUCCAGAUACAAGUUUUCAAAAUAAAUCAGUUAUAAGUUCCACGAAAAUUGAUAACAAUAAUGAAAAAUUCUCUCUUCCUAAGAGACCAUUACAACUUCCUUUCUAAAAGCAUACACUUCGAACGGUUUGGAGAAUAGAAAGGAAUAAAGAAGAUGUAGUCCGAAGAGAUUAAAUAAAAUUUAUAAAGAUUACAAAGAUAUUAAAAAAGAUAAAUAAAAAAUAAUUAGCA